GAAAGAAACAGCAAAGGUAGUUAGACAAAUGAAAGAAGUAAUCGGAUAUAUGGUAAGAUAAAAUUGCAUAAAGAGGGAUAUCCAAUAAGACCGAUUGUAGACUUCAGAAACACACCAACGUAUAUGCUAUCCAGAUUUCUCUCGACAAUACUAAGACCGACAAGAAACAACUCAAAAGCUAGAAUAGUAGAUUCAUUUGAAUUAGUGAGGCGAAUAAAAACCACUAAAAUAGAGGAGGAAGAAAUACUAGUUAGCUUUGAUGUAAACAGUCUUUACACGAAAAUACCCAUUCAAAUGGCCAUGAUUGCACUGAAAGAGAAACUAAAUGAAGAUAAUGGCCUGAAAGACAGAACACAGUUAUCAGUAGAAGAAAUAAUAAAAGGGAUAGAAUUCUGUCUGACAACAACAUAUUUCACAUUCGAAGGAAAAAUAUACCAACAAAAUGAGGGAGUAGCCAUGGGAUCGCCUAUCUCACCAAUUAUAGCUGACAUUUUCAUGGAUUAUUGGGAGGAGAAUGCCCUUAAACCAUUCAGAUCAUCACUAAAAUGUUGGUGGAGAUAUGUAGACGACACGCUAGUAAUAGUGAAAAAAAACGAUGCUGAGAAACUUUUAUCACACAUAAACAAACACGUCGACUCAAUAAAAUUUACUAUGGAAUUAGAGAAUGAAAUUGGAGAACUACCCAUGUUAGAUUGCAAGCUACAAAGAAUGACAGAUGGUAGCAUAAAAACAACGAUAUAUAGAAAAGCCACACAUUCUGGAAGAUUCCUUGACUAUUACUCAGCUCAUCCACUCUCGGUAAAACGAGGAUUAAUACAGGGUCUUGCAGAUAGAAUACGUAGACUUACAACAGCACCAGAGGACCAGCGUAAAGAAAUAAAAGUUCUAUUCACAAUGUUACUCGAAAACAACUACCCUAAAGAAUUUAUAAAGGAUAAUAUAAAAAAGAGAAAAAAUAGGGUAAAACUGGAGAAUAAUAAGAUGGAAGAAUGGAGAAAAACAGUCGUAAUACCAUAUAAAAAUGGUACAUCAGAGGCAAUACAAAGAAACCUCAAAAAUAUCGGUAUUCGAACAACCUUUAAACCGACAAAUCUAAUCAAAAAUAAAAUAAAUCAACUAAAAGAUCCCAUAAAAAUGAUGGAUAAAAACAAUUUGAUUUAUAAAAUAUCUUGUGCUGACUGUCCAACUAAAUAUGUGGGGCAAACGUCCAGAUCACUCAAAAUAAGAGUGAAUGAACAUAAACGCCUAACUAAAGGUCAACCAACAGGGACAAAAGCUUACAAAAAUCUUGAAAAAAAUUCAUCCAUAGCUGCACAUGCAUGGGACAAAAACCACAAUAUCGAUUGGGACAAUGUAUGUAUUCUAAAAACAAACAUGAACAAAUGGAAAGAAAGACUCAUAACAGAAUCGAUAUUCAUUAAAGCCACACCGGAUACAUGUAACAAGGGUGACUCAGUACAACUAUCAACAACUUGGAAUAUAAUUCUAAAUACAAACACAUGAAUGAAUGUGGAGUAUAAUUCUGAACACACAUAUGCACACACAAAACAUGAAUGAACAAAAUAAUAAUAAUGAACUAUAUAUGUGAAUACAAAUCAUAAAUGUGUGAAUAAAACAAUUCCAACAGUGGUGUGAACACGGGCAGUAAUUUUGCUCGAAAUAUUACCAAUAACAAAACUUAUCAUUGUGUGUAAACUAUUCAAAUAUAAUUAUACUUUAUUUAAUCUAAUCCACAAUGCUCAAACUUUUUACUGAUAUUAAUUCAAUUGACGGUCUUCCCAUUAAAAGACUGGCCAACAAACUCACACAUUUAUAUCAAGCUGAAUCUCGAUUUAUGAACCAUCGAAUUUUCAACAUCAGAUGCCUUAAAAAUGGAAUUAUUCCUGUAUACAUGAAAUUAAAAUCACCAAUAUCUACUGAUAAAGCAAAUGCAGCGCUCACACAUGCCUCGAAAGUAUGCAUCAAAGAAAACCUACGUGGAAUUAUACAAAAGCUAUUCACGAUAAGGAAAGAUAUUAAUGAAAUAAAAGAAAAAUUGAAAGAAGUAAUCGAAAAAGAAAAGUAUGAAAGCAUACUACAAGUUGCACAAAAACGAAAAGAAACUACUUAUGAAAAAACAAAGCAGAAACAAAUCAAAAAAUUUAAUAAACUCAUGAUAGCGAAAACUCCGAAUGACAGACAAGUAACUAAAGCCAAUUGGAUUCUAAACUUGUCAGACAGAAAGUUAACAGAAGCAGAGGAAAGUGUAUUAAUGAAAGGGAUGAACUUCAAUAUCAGCAACAAAAGAUUAAAACCUGAAGACAUCAUACCUGCAAUUGAAACAGCACUCGAAGGAUAUGACAAGCAAAAAGCUGAACUGGUACGAGCACAAUGUGCACUUACAUUGAAAAAGCAAAAAGCAGAAAAACCAAAUAUAACGAAAGAGGAACUAAAAGCACUUCAAGACAUAAAAGCAGACAAAUCCAUUGUCAUUACUCAAGCAGACAAAGGAAACACGACAGUAUUACUUAACAAAACAACAUAUAAUCAAAAGAUGAAUGAACAUCUACAAUCUGGACCCUAUACCAUAAUGACUAAAUCAGCUGAAACGAUCAUCAACAAAACAAUGAAAGAAACAGCAAAGGUAGUUAGACAAAUGAAAGAAGUAAUCGGUAAGUCAAAAUGGUUUGAAAUUAUGCCAAAAUCCUGUAAUGUACCUAGGAUAUAUGGUAAGAUAAAAUUGCAUAAAGAGGGAUAUCCAAUAAGACCGAUUGUAGACUUCAGAAACACACCAACGUAUAUGCUAUCCAGAUUUCUCUCGACAAUACUAAGACCGACAAGAAACAACUCAAAAGCUAGAAUAGUAGAUUCAUUUGAAUUAGUGAGGCGAAUAAAAACCACUAAAAUAGAGGAGGAAGAAAUACUAGUUAGCUUUGAUGUAAACAGUCUUUACACGAAAAUACCCAUUCAAAUGGCCAUGAUUGCACUGAAAGAGAAACUAAAUGAAGAUAAUGGCCUGAAAGACAGAACACAGUUAUCAGUAGAAGAAAUAAUAAAAGGGAUAGAAUUCUGUCUGACAACAACAUAU